AUGUCAGAGACUUCCUCCCAUGACUCGUUCUAUGAUUCCCUAUCAGACAUGCAGGAAGAAAGCAAGAAUGCUGACUUCUUCCCUGAGCUCUCUGCUUUUCUCAGCCAGGAAGAGAUAAACAAGAGUCUUGACCUGGCCCGGAGAGCUAUAGCCAACUCUGAAACAGAAGAUUUUGACUCAGAAAAGGAGAUCUCACAGAUUUUCAACACUUCUCCUGUAGGUGUCUGUGAAAAUCCUUCCCAUAAGGAGACCAAAUUUGGUGAGCCAACCUCCUCAGGAAGACCUCAUGAUAACAGGCCAACACCUGUCCAACCUCCGCCAGAACAAACUGACCGUAUCUCUUCACCUGCUUCAAAGAGGAAACCUGCCAAAUCACCCCUGCUUGCCAGCCCCAGCUAUAUCCGGAGCCUCCGAAAGGCUGAAAAACGGGGUGCAAAAACUACCAACACAAGUGUAAAGCCCAAACCAGCAUAUCAAGGUAAGACUGAACCCCAGAGCCAGCUAUGUGACAAGGCAGCUAAUUUCAUCGAGGAGCUGACAUCCAUAUUUAGAGAAGCAGCAAAGCCAAGAAAUAGAAGCCCAAACGGAGAGUCCUCAUCACCAGACAGUGGGUACUUGUCUCCUAAAAAUCCACAGUCAGCCCUGAUGAGUGCCUCAGCCAGCCAAAGCCCCACUGGAGACCAACAGGAGAUGGAAGCUGAGGUCAAGUUACCUGAAGCCAGGCAUUGCUACCAGGCAGACCAGGACAAGGCAGUGCUGUGCAAUAACAUCUCUCACCCACAGCCCCAGAAUGCACUCCAUUUCCCCUCAGCUCCGCGAUUCAUCCAGAAGCUUCGGAGCCAAGAAGUGGCAGAAGGAAGUAGAGUUUACUUGGAGUGUAGAGUCACUGGAAACCCAAUUCCUCGAGUCAGAUGGUUCUGUGAGGGAAAAGAGCUACACAACACUCCUGAUAUUCAGAUCCGCAGUGAGGGCGGGGACCUCCACACCCUGAUCAUAGCAGAGGCCUUCGAGGACGACACAGGUCGCUAUACCUGCCUGGCUACAAACCCCAGCGGCUCAGACGCCACGUCUGCGGAGGUGUUCAUUGAAGGUGCCAGUUCGACAGAUUCUGAGAGUGAAAAUUUAGCUUUCAAAUCAAACCCUGGAGCCAUGCCACAAGCUCAAAAGAAAACGACUUCUGUCUCCUUGACAAUAGGAUCCUCGUCUCCAAAGACGGGAGUGACCACAGCUGUGAUUCAACCAUUGUCUGUCCCUGUUCAACAGGUCCACAGUCCAAACUCGUAUCUCUGCCGACCCGAUGGAGCUGCUCCUGCCUACUUUCCUCCUAUUUUUACAAAGGAACUGCAAAACAUAGCAGCAUCCGAGGGUCAGGUGGUGGUUCUGGAGUGCCGGGUCCGAGGAGCACCCCCUUUGCAGGUCAAGUGGUUCCGACAAGGGAGUGAAAUUCAAGACUCUCCAGAUUUCAGAAUUCUCCAGAAAAAACCUAGAUCUACAGCUGAACCUGAGGAGAUCUGUACCCUAGUUAUCGCUGAGACUUUCCCCGAAGAUGCAGGGAUUUUUACAUGCUCGGCAAGAAAUGACUACGGAUCAGUAACCAGUACUGCCCAGCUGAUUGUCACCUCAGCCAACACUGAAAACUGUAACUAUGACUCAGUGGGAGAAUCCAACAAUGAUCACUUCCAACACUUUCCACCUCCCCCUCCAAUCUUGGAGACGAGUUCCUUUGAGUUGGCUUCAAAGAACCCAUCUGAGAUCCAGCAGGUGAACAGCCCUGAGUUAGGACUCGGCAUGGCAGCCCUUCAAAUGCAGUUCAAUUCUGCUGAGCGGGAAACAAAUGGAGUCCACCCCAGCCAUGGAGUAAACGGACUGAUGAACGGCAAAGCGAACGGUAAUAAAUCUCUUCCAACAGCAGCUGUCCUACUUUCACCCACUAAGGAGCCACCACCUCUGCUUGCCAAACCAAAACUGGACCCUCUGAAAAUCCAGCAACUCCAGAACCAAAUCCGACUGGAGCAGGAGGCCAGUGCACGGCACCCCCCGCCCGCCGGCGCCCCGCGCAGCGCGCCCCCCUCGCCGCCCUUCCCGCCGCCGCCCGCCUCCCCAGAGCUCGCGGCCUGCGCGUCGCCCGCCUCUGCGGAGCCCAUGAGCGCACUCGCCUCGCGCUCCGCGCCCGCCAUGCAGUCCACCGGCUCCUUCAACUAUGCGCGCCCCAAGCAGUUCAUCGCGGCACAGAACCUCGGCCCCGCGUCGGGCCACGGAACGCCGGCCUCCAGCCCCAGCUCCUCCAGCCUCCCGUCGCCCAUGUCCCCGACCCUAAAGCAGUUCGGCCGUGCGCCCGCGCCGCCCUUCGCGCAGCCCUUCGGCGCCGAGGCCGAGGCUCCGUGGUGCCCGUCCUCGCCGUCGCCCCCGCCGCCGCCACCCCCGGUCUUCAGCCCCACGACGGCCUUCCCGGUGCCCGACGUGUUCCCGCUGCCGCCACCGCCACCACCGCUCCCCAGCGCGGCCCCGGCCGCCCUGUGCGCCUCGCCCACGGCCCGCUUCGGCCACAGCCAGACGCCCGCGGCCUUCCUCAGCGCCCUGCUGCCCUCGCAGCCACCGCCGGUGGCUGUCAACGCCCUGGGCCUGCCCAAGGGCGUCACCCCCGCGGGAUUUCCAAAGAAGGCCAACAGAACUGCUAGAAUAGCUUCUGAUGAGGAGAUUCAAGGCACAAAGGAUGCUGUCAUUCAAGACCUGGAACGAAAACUUCGCUUCAAGGAGGACCUCCUGAACAAUGGCCAGCCGAGGCUAACCUAUGAAGAGAGAAUGGCUCGUCGACUGCUAGGUGCUGACAGUGCAGCUGUCUUUAAUAUUCAGGAGCCAGAGGAGGAAACAGCUAAUCAGGAAUACAAAGUCUCCAGCUGUGAACAGAGACUCAUCAGUGAAAUCGAGUACAGGCUAGAAAGGUCUCCUGUGGAUGAAUCAGGUGAUGACAUUCAAUACGGGGACGUGCCUGUGGAUAAUGGAGUGGCGCCGUUCUUUGAGAUGAAGCUGAAACAUUACAAGAUCUUUGAGGGAAUGCCUGUAACUUUCACAUGCAGGGUGACUGGGAAUCCAAAGCCAAAGAUCUAUUGGUUUAAAGAUGGGAAGCAGAUCUCUCCAAAGAAUGAUCACUACACCAUUCAAAGAGAUCUUGACGGGACCUGCUCUCUCCACACCACGGCCUCCACCCUAGAUGAUGAUGGCAAUUACACAAUUAUGGCUGCAAACCCUCAGGGCCGCAUCAGUUGUACUGGACGCCUAAUGGUACAGGCUGUCAACCAAAGAGGUCGCAGUCCCCGCUCUCCCUCAAGCCAUCCUCAUGUCAGAAGGCCUCGUUCUAGAUCAAGGGACAGUGGAGAUGAAAAUGAACCAAUUCAAGAGCGGUUCUUCAGACCUCACUUCUUGCAGGCUCCUGGAGAUCUAACCGUUCAAGAAGGAAAACUCUGCCGAAUGGAUUGUAAAGUCAGUGGGUUACCAACCCCAGAUCUAAGCUGGCAACUAGAUGGAAAACCUAUACGCCCCGACAGUGCUCACAAGAUGCUCGUGCGUGAGAACGGGGUGCACUCACUGAUCAUAGAGCCAGUCACCUCACGAGACGCCGGCAUCUACACGUGUAUAGCCACCAACCGAGCAGGACAAAACUCAUUCAGCCUGGAGCUUGUGGUUGCUGCUAAAGAAGCACACAAACCUCCCGUGUUUAUCGAGAAGCUGCAAAACACAGGAGUUGCUGAUGGGUACCCAGUGCGACUGGAAUGCCGUGUUUCAGGAGUGCCACCGCCUCAGAUAUUUUGGAAGAAAGAAAAUGAAUCACUCACUCACAGCACUGACCGAGUGAGCAUGCACCAGGAUAAUCAUGGCUACAUCUGCCUGCUCAUUCAGGGGGCCACAAAAGAAGAUGCUGGGUGGUAUACAGUGUCAGCCAAGAAUGAAGCUGGGAUUGUGUCCUGUACUGCCAGGCUGGAUGUUUACACCCAGUGGCAUCAGCAGCCACAGAGCACCAAGCCAAAAAAAGUACGGCCCUCAGCCAGUCGCUAUGCAGCACUUUCGGACCAGGGACUAGACAUUAAAGCAGCGUUCCAACCUGAAGCCAGCCCAUCUCACCUGACACUGAAUACCGGCUUGGUAGAAAGUGAGGACCUGUAAUCCAACAUUCUUGUUAACGCUCAAACACUGAAACAGCCAUUGCCUUGACCAACAUACUCCUUUUUCACAUUAUGUAAUGGGCAAAACAUACCUUUGACUAUAAGAAAUAAACACCAAAAUAAUAUUUUUCUUACUUGAUAUACCAAACUUAGAGUUUAAAUAGGUGAUGCUCAUAAGAAAUGUACACAUUGCACAGAAAAUUUACAUUCAUCAUCCAACUUAGAACUUGUGGAAUUUCUGUGAUGAAAGCGAUCUGAAAUGCCAAAAUGCUAAUGGAGAUCAACUGUUCAAAGGUAACCAGAAUUUGUAUUCUCCAAAGUGCCUUGAACACUAGCUGUAGGUGCUACACGACAUGACAGUGUGGAAUGCUUAACAGGAGGCAAAUAUACCACAAAUAAUACUAAAACGAUUCUAAGUGGGCAGUGUGUUCAGACAGCUACAGUGAACCAAGUGCAAUAUAUAGGGAUGAAAAGGAAGAGGGAAUGACAAAUCCAAGUAAAUGCCUUGUUUUUGCAAAAUUGUUUUAUAUUAAAUCACAAGGAAGGAAUUACUUGCCUUAAAUUUUAUUAGUAUCGAGAGUUUUCUAACAAGGUUAAUACCUUAGUUCUUAACCACCUUUUUCUAUAUGUGUAGUAUUUUCUUUUCAUGCUACCUUGGUAGGAAGCUUACUUACAAACCAUAUUAAAAGGCUAAUUUAAAUAUAAAUAAUAUAAAGUAUUCCGAAUAAAGCAGAACUGUAUUACAGCCCAUUCCACAAAAGACAUCCAAAUCCCCCAAAUGACCAAGGCGUAUGGUAUUCAGAGGAAAGAGGGGUCUGGAAGGAGUAGGAAGAAUGAAGGAAAAUGCUACCAGCACACUUGUACUCAUUUAGAUAAAAGUAAAGUAGAAGGGGCAGGAGACAGGGUGAAGGCAGGCUUUUCUUUGGUUUUCCUCAAAAGUAACCUAAAGUGUAGGUGAAAAUACACUGCCAUUCAGAAGUCAGGGGAUCUAGGGUCAGCUGGAGACUGGAGCGCAUGUGCCGUGGAAGUUCCAGUGUGUCUGAAGUCUGUGUAGUCGCUGAAGAGGUUAGCUGUGUCGAGUAAGUGGAAAUGGACUGAGAUUGCAAGAUUGGCGUCAAUGAGAAACUGCCUGGAGGAGCUAGUCUGCUGGAGGGAAACGGAGACUUGGUUGAGACAAAAACAGGUUUGUGCCAUAAUUAAUUUUUUUCCAAUGGCACCAUGAUAUGGUGAAUGGAAAAUACGAGUUCACUUCCAUGCUGCCAUGCAACCUUGCCUUAAGAAGGUGCUGGGUUCCGGGUAGUUUGUAAAGGCAUCUCUGCGAAGACUGAUUUUUGAAUGCAUAUGAUCCUGCAACAGCUAGAUUGACACGAUUCUGACCAGACUUGAUGGUUUUAAGUCGGAACCAAUAAACUUUAAAAAGGGGAAAAAAAACAAUUUGGCCAGAUAUUAUAUUAUAAAACAUGAGGUUUUAAUGGUACUUUGCUAUGAAAAGAAAACACUGUAUUCCUUAUGCAAAACACAUACAUCUUUCAUUAUUUAUAAUAAAAAUGUUGACCUGUCUUAGCUCAGUUAAUUCAAUACGUAGUAUUUUUUAAAAUAAUUUUAUAUCUGUGUACCACCCCAUAUAUUUCAUAUUACUGCUUCACGUGUACAGCUUUCUACUUUCUAAGAACACCAACCAAGUUUUAAAUGAUUAAUAGGCUUGAUCACUGGGUGGCAGAUGUUCUUUGCAGAGUGGUGCAAGUUUCUUUGACCACACUUAUAUGCGUUGCUAAUAUGGAAUUUAAGAUACAAUACAAAGUCUUUCAUGGACCUGUCUAUAUCGUAGAAUUAUGACUUAACGUCAUAUCUUACUUGCCAAAUUUUUCUGAAUGUGACUGCUAAUUUGCUGGGUUUGGGAUUAAGUAGCAUUACUUGCCACCUUUUAUGUUGUAUUUAUAAAAAAAGUACUAUCAUACUACUUUUUGGAUUGUUGUGCUGGUGUAAUGUGGAUUUAACAUCAAUAAAUAUUUAACAAAUAAUAGUUGCAAUUUUGUGAAGCAAAAUA